AUGCGCUCAAACCGAGGAAAUACGGAAAAAGAUAAGUAGUUUCAAUUUGAUAAGCAACAAAAAACAACUAAGACGCAUAAAAACAAGCUGGAAAAAGCGAACAGUACUGAAAAUGCAAAGUUUCCAUAACAAUUUCGACAUGCGCAAAAGCUGCGAGGACGCAUAAAGUUUGCGCAAAAUGUGCGAGGAUCCUUAAAGUUUGCGCAAAAGUGGCGCGCCUUUGCCGAGCAUCUACAGUCCGAUUAGCAACACGACGAGGAUCGCCACGACUUCCGAUCCUGAACGAUGUGUGAGUCUAGACGGGAUUGGAAUGUGUCCAUGAACUGGAUUCCAGAAAGCCACCACCGCAACGACGACGUCGAAGAAGGCAUCCGUCGAGUGCUCGUUCCCUCCGAUCGAUCUGAGUCACGCGAAACGACCGACGGCUGCAGAGCAGAAGGACGCCUACUCGGUCGGCGAGAAGCUGUUCCAUCUGUGCGAGCGUCCGUACGUCAUGGAAUGGGCGAAGCAGCCGUUGAGAGUGUACACGUGCAAGCCGAAUGGACAGUGGAGCGGCGUGUUCCAGAAGUGCAUCAGUGAGUUCGAGUUCGGCUGUCAUUUGAUGUGCAAACUUUCAUUUCUUUCAGAUCAACGACCGGGAACGACCGAACUCCGAUAAUUGAUUGAUUUUUGAGCGAAUGAGCAGAAAAUAAAACAUUAAGAACACUUAUUCACAAAGCCAUGAAAGCGAUCAAAACGGGCCCGAUGAGCCAUCCGACGCGUGCGCCAGCCUCCUGGAAAAUGUCACGGGCCGUCGCGGUGUCGCGUCCUUUAGGCGAUGUCAUUUUCACAUUCGGUGGAGGUGGGGGUGUAGCCAGGGUAGGGUGGACGAUACUCUUUUUUGCAGAUUGUCUCGAUUAUCGGUGCGCGACGUCAGAGUUCCAUCAAAAAUUGCUGUGAAUCGGAUGGAAGACGUCGUUGAUAACACUUUCAUUGAGCCGUUUUUUGUCGGAAACUCGGUAAACAGACGAUGCUGCCGUUUUCCCUAUCAACUAAUCUAUUCAGGACAAAAUCAGCGCGUUUUACUACGUGGCACCGCCUCUUGUCAAAUGGUGCUCCAGCUACAACUCCCGUAGCACUUCUCAGAUGAUUGUGCACAAAAACCGCCGCAUCGCCGUCACUUUCGAUUGUAACAAGAAUGCAGGUACAUUUUUCACCCAUUUUCAACAAUUUAUGCCGAUUUUCAGUACUUCCGUCGCCGCGAACUAUCGUCAAAACGAUGAUUCUCGCCGUGUUCACCGCCGCCUUUGUCUUCGUUGUCAAAUCGAUCCCCUUUGAAUUGUAUCCUCAAAAAAAGCAAAAAUUUGAUAUAAAAACCAUCCAUUUUCAGUAUGAUUCUGCAAGCCGCCGGAAAAAUGCGACGAUCUACAAGACGACGAAAGCGACAACACGAGCGAGUCGUCGAGCGACAGCCUCCUCAUCGACGACGCCAAUGACAUCGUCGAGCAGACCUCGUUUAUGGAACGGCUCGAGAAGUGGGACGGCUCCAAGAUGGACUCAAUUUACGACUAA